AUGGGCAUCAUCGAUUCUCGACAAGGCGACGACGACGAGCUGCUCCUCGUUACACCCCGGAGCGACGGAUACGGUAGCGUCACGAGGAGGCUUCUGACAUACUCGUCCUCAUUUCGACCUCGUGCCGUCGUCACCACCGAUUUUGACCCUUUGGCUUCCGGGGAUUACGUGCUUGUGAUCGCGGCGGUGGCCAUCACCUCCGUAAUCGUCACCCUCGUUUGUAUGCUGGCGAACAGUCGACGGACGCGACGCUCCCAAACACGGUUACAGGCCUCCUCCGCAAGCCGUACGGGCCCAACGAUGGUGGUCGUCGAUCGAGCUCCCUCCACAUUGCCAAACUUGCCGCCAACCUUGCCGCCAAUCUACACAACCGAUACGCAAGGCCCCAAGUACUUUGACGCGCCGCCGUCGUACGACGAGGCCGUCAACACGCCCGUACAUUCGCCCGUCAGCCCGAUACCACCUGCCGCACUGGUGGCUCCCCAAGUAGCUGCUGCUCAAGUCGGCCAACCACGACGGCCAGACAGCCAGGAACGACGCGGCUCCCAGAUGACCGAAAUCGAGUUGACA